AUGGUGGCUUAUAUUGCCAUCUUGUUGAAAUCAUGGUCGUCAAGUAGACGGCUCGGUGCACAUGGAACUGUUCGUGAGAUACAAGCAAGAGCACAAAGUGCGCAGGCCAAAAGAGAAAGAGCACUUGCCAAAAGAGUCUUCUUCAUUAUUCUGACCGAUUUCCUCUGUUGGAUACCAAUCAUUGCUAUCGGCAUCAAGUCUCACGUCGAGAAAACAUUUGAUCCACCUGGCGAUCUGGCAGUAUGGAUUGCUGUGUUCGCUCUGCCGAUCAACUCAGCUGUCAACCCAUUGCUGUAUACACUUUCUACUCCACAGGUGCAAGCUAUAUUGAAACCUAAACUGAGGAAGUUGUGGUCUAAUGUUCGAUCUAUUUUCUGCAAAGGACAAAAUCAAGAAGAAGAAGCAGAAAAUGACCAGCAGGGACAAAUUGGAAAUGAACAUGCACAUGCUAUCAACGAAGAGGGAGAACAUAUUGAAAUGCAAGUAAUAGACCAACACGAUAUUCCAGAACUGGAAGACCCUGAAUUGCCUGCUCCGCGACCAGCAACCGUUCAUCGUGGAGAAAGCCAAUACCGACGAAAAAGACGAAAAGGAGUGCAAGAGGGAAAAAGUAAGCUUGCGCCCGGAAAGCCCACUAGCAAAGCUAGCAAACCUGAGGAGGAGGUGGCGAGUGAAGACAUUCCAGGGCCCAGUGACAAAGGUCAAGAAGAGGAAAGUAAGUCUAAGCCCAAGGAGCCAACUAAAGCUGGUGAAUCGGAGAAGCAGAUGGAGAGUGAAGAGAUUCCAGUGUCUAGUGACCAAGGUCAAGAAGGAGAAAUUAAGCCUGAACGCAAAAAGCCAACUGAAGAAGCUGCUGAAUCUGAGGAGCAAAUAGCAAGUGAAGAGAUCCCAGUGCCCAGUGAUAAAGAAGAGAAUGCGUUUGAGCCUGACAUGGACCUCGCAGAGGAAGGAGAAAAAGAAGUGUUUGAUACCAGACUUUAGUUCUCUGCUCUCGAACCAAGACAUUUAACAUUACCAGUACUAUGGACACCGCGAGGGCUACAGAAAAAUUAGAAUAUUCAAGGAAAAGGAAAAAAUAACUCUCG